UAUUGAGAAAUUGGGAAACAACAAGUUUCAAAUAAUACGAUUACUUGGUCGCGAUUAUGAGGAUGCGAUAUCAGAAUUUGCAGGCCAGUUUCGUUCAGAGUUUCCGAAGACUUCACUAAAACUAAGGAACGCAAACAACAUUUCGGUUGCUGAAGUUAACGCUAUUACGCUUACCGCGCCUUGA